AUGGAGAUCCCCCAGCCUGAGCCCGCGUCGGGCUCAGCUCUCAGCCUGGCCGGCGAGCGUGGCAGCGUCCAGCGCCCCAGCCACCUCCCGGGCCUCUGGCCGGGAGCUCGCGGCCUUCUGGGGUCUCCGGAGCGCGCGGCCGCUUCGUCGCCGAUCACCACCCUCACCAAGACCAUGCACGACCUCGCGGGGCUUGGCAGUGAGACACCAGCAAGUCCAGAGGAGAACCUGCUUUCCAGCCGCAGCCAGCUGAAGUCCCUCUCCCUGAGCCGGCGGGCAUCUGAGUCUUCGGAAGCUUCUGAUGCAGGCCUCUCCAUGGACUCUCCCAGCCCCAUGGACACCCAGAUAGCAGAACAGAUGUUUGAGCAGGCCAUCCAGGCAACUGGCUGGGUCAUUCGGAAUGAACAGUUUUCCAUCAGACGGAUCCAGUCCUUGCCGGUGAGGCUUUUGGGCCACAGCCCGGUGCUCCGGAACAUCACCAACAUCCGGGGUGGGAGAAGGAGGAGUGAGGUGGGCAGCAGAGGCACCGGCAUUUCGGGGGAAGACAAGGAGAAUGAUGGUUGUGUCUUCAAGAUGCCAUGGAAGCCGGCGUGUCCCGGCCAAGGCCAGGCAGUGGCCGAGUGGACUAGCCGCCGAGAGGCCUUUGCCCAGAGGCCAAGCUCAGCACCUGACCUAAUGUAUCUCAGCCCUGAGCGGGACAUGGAAGUGGACCAGCUGAGCCCACUACCCCAACGCCGCUCCUCCCUGAGCCCCAUGGAGGGGGCCGAUGAGGAAGAUGAUGGAUUUGUCGAUGUCCUGGAGAGUGAACUAAAGGAUGAUGAUGAGGUCCCCCCAGGCAUGGAGAGUCUCAUCAGUGCCCCACUGGUCAAGGCUUCAGAAAAGGACAAGGAGCAGGAUCUCAUCAUGUACAGCAAGUGCCGGCGGCUCUUCCGCUCCCCAUCCUUACCCUGCAGCGCCAUCCGGCCCAUCCUCAAGAGGCUGGAGAGGCCACAGGACAGGGAAGUUCCCAUCCUGAGCAAGCGGAGGAAGAGCCUGACACCGCCAGAGGAGGAAUGGCAGCUGGAGGAGCCAAAAGCCCGUGUCCUCCGCUCCAAGUCACUGUGUCAUGACGAGAUCAAGAACAUACUGGACAGUGACCACAGGCAGCUAAUUGGUGACUACUCCAAGGCUUUCCUCCUACAGACUGUGGAUGGAAAACACCAAGAUCUCAAGUACAUCUCACCAGAAACGAUGGUGGCCCUGCUGAUGGGCAAGUUUAGCAAUAUUGUGGAGAGGUUUGUCAUCGUGGACUGCCGCUACCCCUAUGAGUAUGAAGGAGGGCACAUCAAGACUGCUGUAAACCUCCCCCUGGAACGUGAUGCUGAGACCUUCCUCUUGCAAAGCCCCAUCAAGGCCUGUAACCUGGACCAGAGAAUCAUCCUCAUCUUCCACUGUGAAUUCUCAUCUGAGCGAGGCCCCCGCAUGUGCCGAUUCAUCCGGAAACGAGACCGUGCUGCUAACGACUAUCCCAGUCUCCACUACCCCGAGAUGUACAUCCUUAAAGGCGGCUAUAAGGAGUUCUUCCCCCAGCACCCGACGUUGUGUGAGCCCCAAGACUACCGGCCCAUGAACGAUGAGGCCUUCAAGGAAGAGCUGAAGACCUUCCGCCUAAAGACACGCAGCUGGGUAGGGGAGCGGAGCCGCCGGGAGCUCUGUAGCCGGCUGCAGGACCAGUGA